AUGGCAUAUGAAUUAAAAUCCAAAGGCAAUGAGCGUUUCAAGGAUGGUGACUUCGCCGGGGCUGAGGACUUUUACUCCCAAGCCAUCCAGAAAAACCCCAACGAUCCUUCUUUCUUCAAUAACCGCGCCCUUGUUCGAAUCAAGCUCGAGCAGUGGGAGGGCGCCGAACACGAUGCGCGCAUCGCCAUAGAUCUCUUCGGCCCAAAGAACUCCACGGCUAUCAAAUCAAACUACUACCUCUCCCAAGCCCUUCUCGGACUGCAGCGACCAGCUGAAGCACUCGACGUGGCCUUAGCAGCGUACAAAGCGAGCAUAGAAACCAAGAACCCCAAUGCGGAACCAUUGUCGAGGGUCAUACUGCGCGCCAAGCAAGCUAUAUGGGCGGCAAGCGAGACGACGCGAUUGCGGAAUCAAGAUGAGACGCUGAGGAAAUGGGAGGAGCUGCUUCAAGCGGAUUAUGAAAAGGAGCUAAGUGAAUUGCGCGCAAGCUUAGCGGUGGGUGAGAUUGGACAGAUUGGAUUUGAAGAGGAUAAGAAGGAUUUGUUGGACGAGAUGCAGAGGAGGUUGGGUAUUAUGAGGAAUAUGUUUGCUGCUUCGAAGGGCGCAGAUAUGAAAGAACGGGUCGUCCCUGAUUAUCUCAUAGACAGCAUCUCCUUUGAGAUAAUGCAUGAUCCUGUCGUCACCCCAUCGGGCCACUCUUUCGAACGCACCAGCCUCCUAAAACAUAUGCAACACUCCCCCUUCGACCCCAUUACCCGUGUACCCAUGACUAUCCACGAUAUUCGCCCAAACUAUGCCCUAAAAGCAGCUUGUGAUGAUUUCUUAACCAAAAACGGCUGGGCCGUUGAUUGGUGA